ACGGUAUAAAUACGGCUCCGGUGCCACACAACGUCACCUGCCUACACCCCUUCACUACGGAGAGAAUGUGGAACUUUACACGACUGACUCUCGCACUCCUCUGUGUUGCCGUUUUGGCACGAGGAGCGAGUCUCCCUGACGGCAGCAUAGAGCCUAACUGUCCCAAGCACAUCCUGCCCGCGUGCAACAAGCGAUAUGAUCCAGUGUGUGGAACCGAUGGCAUCACCUACAGUAACGAAUGCAUGCUGUGCUAUGAAAACAUGGUGCAUAAUCGUCACGUUCACAUCAGGAGUAAAGGAGAGUGCUGAACCAGACGUGACCGUCCAUUGUCUCAGCGGCACACCAGGCCCUCAACAUUACUUUGAACCAUUUCCUGUUGCCUUGUCAAAACACUGACAUGUUUUCUGCUGCCUUCUAAAAACCGGUCUCAAGUGCCUCAAUAAACUUUGAACAAUUUCUUCAA